AGAAACUAUAAGUACCUGACAAAUCUUAAGGCACAUCCACAGCAAAUUUCCCCUGCAGAUCCUCAACGUGUGCAGCAGAAAUUUAUAAUCAUGCGGGAAUGCCUCUCUGUCCAUGUUGGUCAGGCCGGUGUGCAAAUGGGCAAUGCAUGCUGGGAGCUGUACUGCCUUGAGCAUGGCAUCCAGCCUGAUGGUCAGAUGCCCAGCGACAAGACCAUUGGAGGAGGAGACGACUCCUUCAACACCUUCUUUAGUGAGACUGGAGCUGGCAAACAUGUCCCCAGAGCAGUUUUUGUCGACCUGGAGCCAACAGUCAUAGAUGAGGUCCGUACAGGCACCUACCGCCAGCUCUUCCAUCCUGAGCAGCUGAUCACUGGAAAAGAAGAUGCAGCUAAUAACUACGCUCGSGGUCACUACACCAUUGGGAAAGAGAUUAUUGACCUGGUGCUCGACAGGAUUCGUAAACUGGCUGACCAGUGCACUGGGCUACAGGGUUUCCUCAUCUUCCACUCCUUUGGAGGAGGAACUGGCUCAGGCUUCACCUCUCUGCUCAUGGAGCGUCUCUCUGUCGACUAUGGCAAAAAGUCCAAGCUAGAGUUUGCAGUGUACCCAGCUCCUCAAGUGUCCACAGCUGUGGUGGAGCCAUACAACUCCAUCCUGACCACCCACACCACCCUGGAGCACUCUGACUGCGCCUUCAUGGUGGACAAUGAGGCCAUCUACGACAUCUGCCGCAGGAACCUGGAC